AUGGAUCUAUGGCAAACAAUAAGGGGCAGAGAAAAAAUACUGGAAGCUCAAUGUAAGCCUCUAGAGAAGGGCUGGUUUAAAGUAAAUUUUGAUGGGGCAGCCCAAUUUUCCAGAAGCUUAGCAAGAGCAGGUUUUGCAAUGUGGGAUUACAAUGGAGAUCUAAUCAAAUGUGGAAUCAAAAUACUUAGGAAGAGCACAAACAAUGAGGCUGAAGUGCAAGCUGCCCUUCUUGUGAUUGGAUUAGCGAGAAGGGAAGGUGUUCGAAAUCUCCACCUUGAAGGUGAGGCAAUAAUGAAUGGGGAGAUAAAAGCAUGGAAUCUUCAAGGAAUCAUUGCAAUAAUUAUAGAGGAGUUAAAAUAUUUUGAAAAUCUCAAAGUUAGUCAUAUUCGAAGAGAAGGCAAUCAGACUGCCGACAAACUAUCCAAAUGGGCUCUGUCUUUUGAUUUAGAAGGUGAAGUUGAAUUGGAAGACUUCCAAGGGAUCACAUCAUUGGGAUAUGUGACAAUGCAAUGA